CGCAACGACUUCCAAGGCGCUGUCACUAUACACGUGCGAAAAUUGUUGAAGCUCUCAGACUUAAAUAUCGGGAGGUUUCUCUAUGAUUUUAAAUAUCAUGAAAACGUAAAGAAUGGCGAGUAUAGUUUCGAUUGAGACCAAUGCUGAACAUUCAACUAUUCUUGGAAAGAGAUUAGGAUACUGUGAAGCUUGUACUGCCAAUGCGGCCAAAUACACUUGUCCUCGUUGUGAUGUAAAAACAUGUAGCAUGGAGUGUCUGAAUAUUCAUAAAACAGAACUGAAAUGUAAUGGCAUUCGAGACCGCACACAAUACAUUCCGCUAGUGAAAAUGACCAAAAUGGAUCUAAUGAACGAUUAUUACUUUUUGGAAGAUUGUACGAAAUUCGUUCAGGACCGUAAACGUGAUCAAAGGAAGCGUUUCACUUAUCACAAAAAAAAUCUUCCAAUUCACAUGAUGCGUCUUCAACAAGCUGCUUUGGAUCGCGGGAUUGUACUAAAGUUUAUGUUUCAAAAUUUUAGCAAACGGCAAAAAAAUACAUCCUUUUUGGAUUUUAAAACUGAAAAAAUAUUUUGGCGUAUCGAAUGGUGUUUCCCCCAGACCAAUGAAAACUAUGUGUAUAUUGACAAACAUAUUUGCGAAGAUUCAAAACUUUGUGACAUAGUAGACACAUAUUUACAACCCUCAUCGAAACACAUCGUCCCCGGUGUCGACAAACUGGCAAAUUAUCAAGCACGAGGCGUAGCAGGAGUCUCAUUACUUCUUAAAGCGGAAGGAGUUCAACAAAGUUACGAUCGAGUAACAUUGCUGAACAUUCACGAUACGUUGCGCGAUUCUUUACGGGGUAAAACUAUUGUGGAAUAUCCGACAAUUUAUGUGGUGCUUAAUGAUCAGCUGGACCAGUUCAACAUCAUCGAUAGUGAUGAUGAUCUGAAAGACGAAAUAUGUCAUAUCAACCAUACUCUUCAUGUAUGUGCAAGUGGAGUGCAACCUUAUAAUGAUGGAAGUUUGAGUAAUGCGAAAAAUGAACGCAAGAACCUUAGCAAGAGGAUAAAUUUUUUCAGUUUUGAAAUGUUGCAGAAUGACUCUUCAGAUUCAGACGAUACAACAUUGAAUGAGAAUAGCAUUUCAAAACGAUUUAAAUCGUAACCAAUUGAUUUAAAAAAAAUCUAACUGUAGUACAAUUACAUCUAAUUCAUAACGAUUAGAAUUGAUUUUUUGGUGAUAUAAUUGAUCCUAAAUCAUCUUAGUUUGUUUCCAAUUAUGACAUCCAUUGUGUGAACUGUGUGUUCCACUCAUUUUACACAAUAAUCGUAAUCAGUAUAGGUCUGUCAUAAAUAAUUGAAUCUGAAACUGAAUUACAGUCUGCUCCCAAGUUACGCGGUUUCUGUGUUCCCGACGAAUCCGCGUAACUCGAAUAUUCGUGUAAGUCGAAUUUAACGUUUUUGACUAAUAAACUAUUGAUUACUCGGA